AUGACCAGAAGUGAAUUGUCGCGAUUCGACGGAUCCAGUGAUUCAUUGGGACUCUAUUUGGCAUUUUUGGGUGUCAUAUAUGACGUGUCUUCGGGCGCUCAACACUACAAACCCGGCGGAAGUUAUUCAUUCUUCGCCGGCAAAGACGCCACCAAAGCGUUCAUAACCGGAGAGUUCACCGAAACGGGUCUCACCGACGACUUGAGUGAAGUGGAUGUCGAAAGUUUUGAUGGCAUUCAGACGUGGAGUGAUUUGUACGAAAAGGAUUACCGAAGAGUCGGUAAAGUUGUCGGCACUUACUAUGACUCCAAUGGUUGCGAAACACAAGCCUUACAAUGGGUUCGACAACAGAUGCAAAGAAACGAUGCGUUAAAAGAGGAGCAAAACGACGAAUUGAAAGUAUUUCCGUUCUGUAACUCCGAGUGGAGCGGACAGACCAACAGCGGUAGGGUUUGGUGCAGUCGUACCAGUGGUGGCCAACAACGAGAUUGGAUUGGAGUUCCCCGACAGCUGUUCAUCGCUGAGAAGAAGCAGUACAGGUGUGCCUGUGUUCGGGACACCGGAUCCCCGACACGACCCGCCAUUGUCUAUGAAGACGAUGACAGUCACAUGGAAACGGGUCCUCAAGAUGUGGGAGAUCUCAAUCAUCCGCGACUCAAAGAGUACGAAGGAUGUGAUCCCAAGUCGUUUGAGUGCAAAAUCAAAGAUUAA